GGCCUUGGCUUGCAUCUUUACGACUUUACAUGCACCUUUGAAUUGCAGGAAAUAACGGUACAACAAUUGCGCUAGAUUGCGUUGCUCCACCGACCAAAAAAACCACCAUGAAACUCGCUCUCACGAGCUUCCUCCCUGCAUUCCUCUGGGUCACCGCCACUCUCGCCACCGAGGCGGAAUCUCCCAACGUCGUCCGGAUUCACCAUCGAGUCGCCCAUCCCAACCUUCCAGUAGUUCCCUUUGUCGAACGCGGGACCAUCGUCCUCCCUGACUCUAGCAACACGCGCGCUGGAAGCGUACCAUCAUCUAUAUCCCUCGUACCAUCAGAGUCUAUACAAGAUGACCUAGCCAGUUUCUCAGAGGAUAUACCGCCCAAUCUAGAAGGUGCAAUGUACCAGAUCGCCCUGGAGCACCCAGGGGAUGAGGAUGAGAGCCAGUGGGCAGUGUCCAUUGUAAAAACGUGCCUUCUCCCAGAGAGUACGUCUGAUACUCUAGUCCUACACUUCUCCGCCUCAGGAAAGCCGUUCACGCUCGACUAUUUCGUCUCGCCUGUCCCACACGAUGGCGCGUGCCCCCAGUCUAAGAGUAAUGAUAGUACGCCUAUCUACCCUACGCUCAAAGAUACCCAGGUUAUCCUUCGCCCAGCGAGAUUGCCUCCACUGCCUGAACUCCGGACUCCUCCACCCCUCACUCCCCAAGGCGAGCCCGUACAGCCCAUUGCAGAAAAGAGCUUUAUCCAAAAAUACUGGAUAUACGUCGUCAUUCUCCUCGGUGCAAUCUUGAUGUCAGGGCCACAAGAAGAGCCUCAAAAGGGUGGUGGAGGUGGAGCAAAGACGGAUUGAUAAUCUGCUUCCUGACCUUGGGCACACAAUAUAGGACGUAGCUGGCUUUGCAGCCGUGCUCAAUAUAUUUUUGGUUGUAAUGGGAGAAUAUGACAUUCGUUUGGGCGGCAUACUUGACACCUUGUGGUGUCCAAGUUGACAUGUUUCAUCAAUCCCGAUGUGAACGGGCGCAGCACAUGUGCUUCAAGUGCCUGUUGCAUAUAUGCAGGUAACGCAAGGGAUGAAGGCCAGAAACCAUGUUGGUACAGUCUGUACUCAGCGUCGUUUGCAUGUUCCACGAGGCUGUCACGUGAAACUGCUUCUUCAAGUUGUUG